UCUUAUCCCCCCCGCAGCCGCUGCCUUUGCCUCUCUCGGAGUCGGAGCGCAGAGAAGAUGCGGUUACACGGGGCCAUCGUGCUGCUGGCGGCACUGCUGGCCCUGACCACGGCACAGCAGCGAGGCGGCGGUCGGAACCGCGGUGCCGUUCAGGGUCCGCUGUGGGGUGGCCGCCCGACGCCGUUCAGGAGCUGGGAUGCGACUCGGUACCGCCCGUGGAAGGAGGGGACGGCGCAGCAAAGCGACUGCUGGCGAGGAGGCGAUGUCACCUUCGACAUCAGCAACGACGCUCCCACCAUGGCCGGUGCCAAAGCCACCUUCUCCAUCUCUCUGCGCUUCCCCAGCACUCAGAGGGCGCUGCCCGACGGCCGCGUGGUCUGGAAGCAGAACUGCACCGUUAACGGCACCCGCAUGGUGCAGGGAGACCCGGUGUUCCCGGAGCAGCUGGUUGAAGGUUCCGAUGGCGUCUUCCCCGACGGGCAGCCCUUUCCCCGCAGCUCCUGGGGCAAACGAGGCAGAUUCGUCUAUGUCUGGUGGACGUGGGGGCAUUACUGGCAGGUGGUGGAUGGGGCAGCAUCGAAGCUGACAGUAGGGACGGAUGGGGUGGCCCUGGGCUCCUACACCAUGGAGGUGGUGGUUUAUCAUUACCGUGGCCGCCAGAAGUUCAUCCCCAUCGGCCACGCCAGCACACAGUUCAGCAUCACAGACCAGGUGCCCAUUGCAGUGGAUGUGACACAGCUGGAAGUGGCAACAGGGGACGGCGGGCGCUUCGUACUCAACCACCCCGUGGCCUUCAACGUGAGGCUGCACGACCCCAGCCAUUACCUGCGUGAUGCUGACAUCUCCUAUUCGUGGGACUUUGGGGACCAGAGUGGGACGCUCAUCUCCCGCAGCCCCACCGUCACCCACACCUACCUGCAGGCUGGUUCCUUUGCUGCCCGCCUGGUGCUGCAGGCAGCCAUCCCACUCGGCUCCUGCGGCACCUCUGCAGCCCCUGUUGUGGAUCCCACCACGGGGCCGGUGCCCUCCUUGGGACCUACAGCUACACAGCCUGUGGGUCCCACUGGAUCCGGCACUGCUGCAGCACCCAGCACCCCCACAGCACCCGGAACCACUGCAGCACCCGCAGCCUCUGGAGCACCAGCAGAACCCACGGGGGUCUCGGUGGUUGUGCCUUCAGACAGCGCUGCCACUGAGCCCAUCCCUGACCCAGUGCUCAGCACCGGUGCAGCAGCCAAUACAGACCCCACUGCAGACCCCCAGUCCCCCACCUCAGUGUCCUCAGGUGGGGAUGCUCCGGGCACUGUGGACCCCACAGCAGUGGAGGGAAGCGUGGCAGCAGGUGUGGGGGCAGCCACCCCUGGAGCCACUGCUGCAGAUGUGGAAGUGGAUGCAGCUGGACCAACAGCUGGAGCCACAGCUGGAACCAUAGCAGAUUCCACAGCUGGAAUAAUGGCAGAUGCCACGGCUGGAGCCACAGCUCAAUCCAUGGCAGGAGCCACAGCUGGAGCCACAGCUGGAGCUAUAGCAGAUCCCACAGCUGGAGCCACAGCUGGAGCUAUAGCAGAUCCCACAGCUGGAUCCACAGCAGAGCCACUGCUGCUGGUGAAGCGCCAAGCACCCGAGUCCGAGCCCACCGGCUGCGUCCUGUAUCGCUAUGGCUCCUUCUCCACUGAGCUCAACGUCGUCCAGGGCAUCGAGAACGUGGCCAUCGUGCAGGUGGUGCCCGCAGCACCUGAGGGCAGCGGGAACAGCGUGGAGCUGACGGUGACAUGCGAGGGGAGCCUUCCCGAGGAGGUUUGCACCGUGGUGGCAGACGCCGAGUGCCGCACAGCGCAGAUGCAGACGUGCUCAGCCGUGGCUCCAGCACCAGGCUGCCAGCUGGUGCUACGGCAGGACUUCAACCAGUCCGGUCUCUACUGCCUCAACGUCUCGUUGGCCAACGGCAAUGGCUUGGCUGUGGCCAGCACACGUGUGGCUGUCGGAGGAGCAUCCCCAGCUGCUGGUGGCACCACGCUCACAGUGGGGCUGCUGCUCAUCGUUGCAGCACUGGGCACUGCUGCCUACACCUACCGCCGUGUGAAGUACAGCCCACUGCUGCCCACAGCCCCCCAGGUAUCCCGGCCCCACAGCUGGCUGCCCCCCGGUGCUGCCCUACGUCUGUUGCUACGUCAGGCUUUUGGGGGGGCUCCCAGUGGAGAAAGCAGCCCCCUGCUGCGUGCCAACGCUGUCUAAGGGGGGGGGUCUGCAUCCCACCCCCCGGUACCAUGCCCCCCCCCCCCCCACCUGGCCCGAGCCCCCAGGAACCGGGGGGGAUGUGUGUACUGGCUGCUAAUAAAGACUCAGCUCAGC